ACCACCGCCGUCCAUCAUCCUCUCCUCGCCGCCCACGUAUAGCCGCUGAACCCUCUCCGUCCGUCCGGUAGUCUCAUCUCCCCUUGCUCCUCGCCCCCCAUACACCGCAGCCAUGCCUGCCACCACAGCAGAGACAUUAUCGCUGGUCACACGGAACGUCUCCGUUGCGCCUCUUGUCCUCCUCUCCGCCGCAGACCACUACGGACGACAAGCAAAGGGCACGCGGAAACGAGUAGUCGGCGUGCUCCUAGGGCAGAACGACGGGAAGAAUGUGCGGGUGUCGAACAGCUUCGCUGUUCCUUUCGAAGAAGACGAGAAAGACCCCUCAGUAUGGUUCCUGGACCACAACUACGUCGAAUCCAUGAACGACAUGUUCAAGAAGGUGAACGCGCGGGAGAAGCUCAUCGGAUGGUAUCACACGGGGCCGAAGCUACGGUCGUCGGAUCUGGAGAUCAACGAGUUGUUCAAGCGGUACACACCGAACCCGCUGCUAGUGAUUAUCGACGUGCAGCCGAAGGAGGUGGGCGUGCCAACGGAUGCGUAUUUCGCGGUUGAGGAGAUCAAGGAUGAUGGCACCACAACCUCCAAAACCUUCGUGCACACGCCCUCGAUAAUCGAAGCCGAAGAAGCCGAAGAAAUCGGCGUCGAGCACCUCCUGCGGGACAUCCGCGACGUCGCCGUCGGCACCCUCUCCACCCGCAUCACAUCGCAGCUGCAGUCGCUGCAAGGGCUGCAUCUCCGCCUGCGCGACAUCGGCACCUACCUGCAGAAAGUCCUCGACGGCGAUCUGCCCGUCAACCACGCCAUUCUAGGCAACCUGCAGGACGUCUUCAAUCUGCUGCCCAACCUCUCGACGCCGAAAGCGAAGGAAAUCGGCGGCGCGACGAACGGCGUGGGGCCCGCGGCGGGUGUCUCAGAUAACUCGGAGCUGGCGCGUGCGAUGAGCGUCAAGACGAAUGAUCAGUUGAUGGCGAUCUAUCUGUCGAGCUUGAUCAGGGCGAUAACUGCGUUCCACGAUCUGAUUGAUAAUAAGAUCCAGAACAGGCAGCAGGCGGAAGAGAAGGAGAAGGCCAAGGAGGAAGGGAAAGAGGGCGAGAAGAAGAAGGAGAAUGGAGCGACGAACGGGGAGGCCAAGGAGGGGGAGAAGGGCGAGAAAGGCAAGGAGGCGGAUAAGAAGAAGGGCUGAUAGCAGAUCCUCGUGGCUGGGUUGAGCAAGGGCUGGGCUGCAUCGAAGUGUAUUAUACCACACUUUUGGCGCUGGUUGGAACGGCUGACGGAUGGAUAGGUUCGUGGAUCUGGUCGGGGUGAGACCGGGUCUGCAUUCUAUAUAAUCUGCACAUGGCAUGGUAUAGACAUCCAAUCGAAACGACGGCACGUUCACCCUCUUGAAUCAUGCCGUAUGUCCAAACAGAAAUUCUCAAUAUUUCUUCGCUGGCUUUAGAUGAUAUAUCCCCAUUUGAUUCUCAAUCUCAAUCCCCCCAUCCAGCAGCCCACCCAGCCGCCUCCUCAAC